AUGGCAACCGCUGGUAUAAAAAACCGAAUAAACAUCCAAAUCCCAACCCAAACCCCCAAUCACCUCCAGGGCUGGCUCUACCCAUCCCAAAUCUCAUAUCCAUCCCCGAGCCCAGCAAUAAUUCUCGCCCACGGGCUAGGCGGCACAAAAGAACUAAAACUCGACGUCUACGCCGACAUAUUCAACAAACAAGGCUACACAUGCGUGGUCUUCGACUACCGCUGCACAGGCGAGUCACCCGGUCUUCCGCGCGGCCUGAUAGACUGGAACAUGCAGCAGGAAGAUUGGAAAUCGGCAAUUGAGUACGCGCGGAACUUGAAAGGCGUCGAUCCAGAUGCUGUGGCAUUGUUCGGGACUUCGUUUAGUGGGGGCCAUGUUAUUCAGCUUGCUGCGCAGGAUGGAAGAAUUAGGGCUGCUAUUGCUCAAUGUCCAUUUACGAGUGGAGUAAGGAGUUCGUUACGUGUUGGGGUCAGGGCUUUGCCUGGGAUUGUUUGGGCAGGAUUGAGGGAUUGGUUGUUUAGCUCGGAUGAGAGGCCUGUUAUGGUGAGCUUGGUGGGGGGCUCGGGGGAUGGUAUGUUCUUCUUCUUCUUCUCUGAAGUGAGGCUGAUCAUUUUAGCUGCGUUGAUGAAUGCCCCAGAUGUGAUGAGUACCUUUCACCGGCUUAUUCCCGAGGGAUAUUCGUUUCAGAAUGAAGUGCCUGCUCGACUGGUUCUGCAGCUUCCAUUCUUGAGACCUGGGUCUCAUGCCGCAAAAGUUCAUUGUCCUAUUCUUUUUGGGAUAUGUGGUGACGACUCUGUUGCCCCUGCUGGUCCGACGUUGAAGUAUGCAAACAUAGCGCCCAACGGUGUUGUUAAAUGGUAUGAAGAUGUGGGUCAUUUUGAGAUAUACUAUGAUGAGGCCUUCGAGAAGGCCAUCAAGGAUUAUGUAGAGUUUUUACGAGAGAACCUUUCCGUUGAAGCCCCAGGCAGGGCUUGA